AUGAAUUCAUUAGUUAAUAUUUGUAACUUGAUAUUAAACAAUGAUUGUUUAAAUGAUAAGUUUAAUAAUAGAAAGGUUUAUCAUCUUAAUAAAGAUUGUAAAUUAAGUGUCGAAGUAAAUAAUCAAAAACAGGAUGUUAAAUUAGAAGAUAAAGAGUAUAAAGAUUUAAUUAAAAGAUUAAUUAACAAUCUUAAUAAUAAAUCAAUAUUAUACCAAACCAAUAAUAAUCAAAGUGAUAAUGAAUUGUUAUUUUUUAAGACAUUUAAUGAUUAUUUCCUAAUUAAGGAAGAGUAUAAUAAUAAUUCUAGAAUAUUGUAUGUGCCAGUAUGUCUACUAAACAAUGGAGAAGUGACCUAUGAAGGAUAUCUUAAAAUAAUAGAAGAUGAUAAUAAAGAUUUUAUUUUAAAAGAUAACGUUGAUUUAAAUACUAUCAAAGCAGUUAAAGUGAGUAAGUUAGCUAGUUUACUAAAUUUAAAUUUUAAAGAGAAAAUGAUUUUAGAUUCAAAAUUAUUUAGUUUAAAAUAUGAUAAAGAUAUUUUAAUUAUUGAUAACAAUCUUUCAUGUUCUCAAAUUUUAAGAAAAAUUGAUAAAGGAACAUUAUGUUUAACUAAAAUAUUCAUUGCUGCUGUAAUAGUUGUGUUAUUGGUAGUUUCAGUACUUAUGGGUAAGAAGAUUAACAAUGAAAAUGAAAUAGUAAAUGACGUAAGUUAUGAAGAUUUUUUAGAUGAAAAAAAGUAUAAUUUUUUUAAUGAAAACAAUAUUUUUAAUGAGAUUGUUUUAAAUGAAGAGGUAAUAAAGAAUGAAGAAACUGAAAUAAUUAAUUUUAUUGAUAAUCAAUUAGAGGUGUUAGAUUCACUUUGUAAUGAGACUGAGGAGAAAAUGUAUGAAGAAGUAUUUUCAGUGUCUAAUCCUGAAAAAUUAUCAGAUGAAGCCAUUUUUUAUAGAAAUGAAGGAUUUAAAUCACUAAGAAAAAAAGAUGAUUAA